UGGAGUGUGCAACGCGGUAAUGUGUCCCCCGUGAGUCCCCGUGCUGCCCGGUGAGUGUGAGGUCUGUCCGCGAUGGCGGCGCCGGUGUGUGUGAGAUUAUUUCUCCAGGGAUCUCACUGCGGCUUUCGGUUAUGUUCGACAAGACUCCGGAGAUUCACGAGCCCGAUUCUGACCCGCGGUCACAGGCUCGGCCCGACGGAUGAUGAGAUGUACCAGCGUACCACGGUGACGGUGAUGCAGAAGGAGCCAGGCGGUGGUCCCAUCAUCUAUAGCUACAGCUCACGAGGCUUCAACAUCGACGGGAACAAAGUGAUUGGACCGUGUGCCGUGGUUCCUCCGGCGAUUCUACAGUGGAAUGUGGGUAGUCAUGAAGAUAUAACAGUGGAGAGUUUGGCUCUGUUCUACCUGCUAGAGCCGCGCAUAGAGGUGUUGGUUCUGGGUACAGGAGCCCGUACAGAGCGUUUGGACCCCAACGUUCUCUCUUUUAUCAGGAAGAAAGGCAUCGCAGUGGAGGUGCAGGACACGCCGAAUGCCUGUGCCACCUUCAACUUCCUGACAAGCGAGAGACGAAUCGCAGCAGCCGCUUUGAUCCCACCCCCUUCACCAUCUGCAGUGACAUCAGAAUGAAGUGUGUGUGUGUAUAAUACUGUAAUACUGUGUACAAUAAAUGUGUUUUUGAAUA